CAGUGCGGCUUGGAGCCCGCCAGCCCGUGUCUCCGGCGCCAGCUACGCCGCUGUGGCUGUCACUAUGGCCCAUUACAAAGCCGCCGACUCGAAGCGCGAGCAGUUCCGGAGGUACUUGGAGAAGUCGGGGGUGCUGGACACGCUGACGAAAGUGUUGGUAGCCUUAUAUGAAGAGCCAGAGAAGCCCACCAGUGCUCUGGAUUUUUUAAAGCAUCACUUAGGAGCUGCUACCCCGGAAAGCCCAGAAAUAGAGCUGCUUCGCCUAGAAUUGGCAGAAAUGAAAGAGAAAUAUGAAGCUACUGUAGAAGAAAAUAAAAAACUGAAAGCAAAGCUUGCUCAGUAUGAGCCACCUCAGGAGGAGAAGCGUGCUGAAUAGGAUUCUUCUCAGUUGAAAAGACACUGAAAACUGGUUUUGUAUCACUUGAAUAGCUUGUAUAGUAUAUAAUCUUUCCUGAAAAGAUGCUAUAAACUUUUAAUAUGUAAAAUCCACUCAUCACACUUUAAUGUUAUAAACACAUAUACAUAGAAUCACCAAUAAAAACUCAAUAUAACUUUCUUUGGGUCUUAAAGGAGGAGAAUCCAAAGUAGAUCUCGAAGAAAAGCUAAAGAGCCAUGUAACUUUUCACCUUCAAAGACAUUUUAUUUAUUAUCCAGUUAGGAAUGACGGUACUGGUUGUAUUUUAGCUAGGAGAUUUAGCAUGGAGCUAUUCCUUGGUUGAGGACUUGAGCAUAGUAGGCACACUCAUUCUUGACAGUGUAUUCCAAGUAGACAGCUGGACAGAUAUGUGAUGUAGGAUGCUUCUGCAUGGGUUCCCAUGUGUCUUCUGCUCCCUUAUAUAAUAUGGAACAAAGAACUCUUUGCCACCACUUUGCCUUAGAUAACUGUGUGUGUGCCAGUGUGAACUCUGACACCACGUUUUCUUUCUAUGCAAUCCCGCCCAUCUGAUAAUGCUGCCUUGCUGUGCUGUGUGCUUUAGUGCGUCCUGGUUGCACAUUAGUCUGUGUUGUUUUCAGUUUGCUCAAUGCUGCAGUUACCUUGAUUGUAAUUUACAUAGCUUCCAGUAGGACUACACUCUUACCCUGCCUUACUUAGUUCCUUAGUUGAACACAGAAGAGAGAUAAUAUAAAAUUCUGGGUUCAUGCACAAGCUGGGAUGGGAAGGGGGAUGAACCAUUAUGUCAAGAUGAUUAUAAUAUGUAAUUAUAUAGUGCUUUUUCCCCCUUAAAGGUAUUUUUUUGAGCCUUGAAUUAAUUUUAUCUUUAUUAUCCCAGUGAAGUAGGUAGGGCAAGUAUGAGGGGACGUUGGGUGCUGAAUUUUUAGGCCAAAGACUGACAUUUAUAUGAAUUUGUUACUGUUGGCCCCUGGGCAGGUCAGUUAAUGGCUUGGAGAUUCACUUUCCUUGUCUGUACCAUGACCACAUGUGCUGCCUACCUCACAGGGUUGUUGUGAGGUCAAAUGAGAUCAUGUACAUGAAAGAUCUGUAAAUGGUAAAGUACCACGUUUUGUUAGUCCUCUUCUUUCUUUUUGGGUAGGGGACAGUCUCACGUACCCCCAGGCUGGCCUUGAAGUUCUGAUCUUCUUGUCCCCAGCUUCUGGGAUUAUAGGCCUUCACCACUCCAUCUGGCCCUAAUCAGUCAGAUGUGUUGUUGGUUACUUCCUUUCCUCCCUCACAGUGAAAUCCUUCUAGUUCAUGUCUUCUGUCCUUAUUGUUAGGGAGCUUGUCCUUAAACAGCACACAUCCAAUCAAAGCUGGUUUAACCAGCUGAGGCACUGGCACCUGCUGGAAACUCUGACCAAGCCAUUUACAAGGGCAUUGUAAUCAGUCAUGGCAGGAUUGCGGCAAUGGUCUGUGUUUCUGCUAGUCACAAGUUUGUUUCUGGAGGGUGGCCAGCUACUACUGGAAGAACAUUCAGCUGGACAGAUUCUCUUUACUAAAGUACCUCCUAGAUGGACAGCACUGGGCUAAGUGCUGGUUUGGUAAGGAUUCGUUUAUUAUGAGACAUGUAUGUAAGCAACUACAAGGCGAGUAGGAUGUGCUGGGGACUGUAGGAAUAGCUAGACAGGCUCAUGAAGAUUUGGAAGAGAGGCGACUUAGCUUCUUUAGGCAGUUUGUAUGGCAGCCAUUUUGUUGAAACAGACAACUAAUUUUGUUUUCUGGCAGUUUUUUUCUCUCACGGCACUAUUGUUAUAUAUGUAUGUAUGUAUGUAUAUAUGUAUUUAUUUAUUCUAAGACAGGGCUAACUAUGUAGCUGUAACUGGCCUGGAACUUACUAUGUAGCAGAUGGUAGCCUUGAACUCAGGAUCCUCCUGCCUCUGCUUCCCAAGUGCUAGGAUUAAAGGUGUGUGCCACCAUGCCUGGUCUAAUGUUCUAUUACUCAGUUGUUCUGUGACUGUCUCUUGAAUCACCUUUUUGCACACUAGUUGCAGUAUGUGAGUUAGAUUACCACUUGUAGGUGCAACUGACCUGGGCCAGCCAUUGAUAGUUAAGAAUUCAAGGUCUGGGGCUGGAGCAGUGGCUCUGGUUAAGAGCACUGGCUGCUUGCUCUUCCAGAGGUCCUGAGUUCAAUUCCCAGCAACCAUAUGGUGGCUCACAAUGUGAAGUACAUACAGAGUACUCAGAUUUAACAAACAAACAUCCCCCCCCCAAAAAAAAAAAACCCUCCACAAAUCCUAAAAAAGAAAAAAAGAUUUCAGGGUCACUGGGCAUGAUGAGCCACCUGACAUGGGUGCUGGGAACCAAAUUUGGGUCCUCUCCAAAAGCAGUGCAUGAACCCCUUUUCCAUCAUUUCUAUCAAUGACUUGAAUGAAGACUGUAUACAAGAUGCUAAAUGGAGUAGGAAAUGUCAGUCAUCUCUUCAGUUCCUGCUACACUUCGGCUGCUUCAUCUAGAAGAUAAAAAUUAUGGGCUACAGGCACGGGCUAAGUAAGUAGAGGUGUGUGGGCAUAGGUCUGAAGAACUCAGCUUAAUCCCUGGAUCCCACAAGGUGGCAGAAAAAUCAGCUUCCAAGAGUUGUCCUUCCACAUGUGCUCACAAUACAUAUAAAACAGUUCUGAACAGGUGGAUGGCCCAUGCCUGUAAUCUUAGCACCUGGAGGGGAGAGGGUGAGGACUUAGUCAUCUCUGACUACACAGUAAGUUAAGUAUGUAGCCUUGUCUACAUAAGACCCUGUCUCAAUCCCCCCAAGGUGUGUAUGUGUACUUUCGCAUCUUACCCACCUUACAAAGUUACUGUCAGGAUCAGAUUAAAUACAGUGAGAAUAAAAGUGCCUUGCAGACUACAGGGCUACCUGCAGGUCAGCUGUAGUAGUGCCACACCUGUAAAUACCAUGGAAUUGGAAAGGCUGGCUGGUUGACUACUUUGGAACAGGUUUUAACCUGAUAAUCUGGAGUACCUAAACUGCUGGGCACAAACAAAAAAAGUCACAAAUAUCAAGUCAUAUAGCAGUUACAAAAUGUAGUUACACAAACUUACAGAGUAGAGUUUCUGGCAAAAUCCUAGUCAUAGUGAUCACUAAUGUGAACUAUUUACAGUCCAAGGAAACAAACAGAUCUGGAGAACAAAUGUUGUCCAGGUGCUAAAGAAGUCUGCUUGGAAGCCCUGCUGGUUACUGUGUAGGCACCAGGUAGCUGAGGGACGCUGACGAGCAUGAAUGCAUUUUAAGGAAGAAUGCUCAACGGGGAGAAGGGAUGUGAAAGCAUGGCUGAGUAGUUCAGUGUGGUUACCACCAGUUACACAGGGCAGUUCACUCAAAAACAAAAGCUUAGUUCCUCAAUCACACCAGCAGCGUUUCUGGCGUUCAUUCAUGUGGCUAUCUCGAACAGUACAGACAUAAAAUGGUUCUACUCAAAAGUCGUCUUGAACCGUACUGUAGAAGCAACGACAGAGCAACUGAGGAUAGCAGGGAACAGAAGACUAGGAGCGCCUGGAGCUCUCUUCUGUGAGGCUGAGAAGACUGGGUGUGUAAUGAAGGCUGCCCUGGAAUAGCAGAAGGGCUGUUGUGAAGAAGUGACUAUUUUGUUCUACUUCAGGCACUGAGGAGUAUGACUUGGCUCGAAGCCUUUUUUGAGACUGACUGAUAUUAUAGCAGAGAACAACCUUGAACUUCUUUCUGGUCCUUUUGUGCUUCCUUGGUACUGUGAUUACAGACAGGCAUGUGCUACCAGGCCUGGGGUCUGCAGUGCUUAGUAGGACAAAAUCUAGGAUUUCAUAAAGCUAGGCCAGCAUUCCAACAACUACAUCUCCAGCCCCUUAAAUAAGAAACUUGAUAAAGAUGCAUUUUUAUUUUAUGUGUAUGAGUGUUUUGCCUGCUUGUAUGUAUGUGUACCCUGUGUCUACCUGGUAUCCCUGGAGGUCAAGAAGAGAGCACUGGAUCCCUGACAUGGAGUUACGGAUGGUUGUGAGCCAUUACACGGGAGCUGGGACUGAAUGUGGGUCCUCCGCCAGAGCACCAACUGCUUUUAAUCAUUGAGCCAUCUCUCCAGUCCAGAAUAAAAUUUUGAGCUGGCAGAGCUUUGGAGAUGGUUCAGUGGGUAAAGCACUUGUCACAUAAAUGUGAGGACUUGAGUCUGAAUCCCCAGAACUCAUGUAAAAUUGAGCAGACUAGUGUAAUUUCUAUAAUCCCAGGGCUCCCGUUGUGAGCUGGGAGGUAGACAGGAGUCAACCUGGAAAUUUGCAGGCUAGCUAGCUUUGCAAAUGUAAUGCUCU